CCUAUUUAUUAUUUUUUUGUGUGUGCAAGAAGCUGUCCUAUUAUUUUGAUGUCCUUCCAGGAAACACUGCAUAUACAAGAAAUAUCUAUUAACCAACAGGGGAAAGAACAGAGGAAAACAUCAAGAGGGGAUCAGUUUGAAGUCAUGUCUGAGAGUGAUAUAGCAGUUCUUGCCUUGUGUGAUGAAGUCUGGAAUUGGAGAUUAGCUCAAAGUCCAGAAACAGCUUCCUUUUGUGGCUUUCAUCAGUAUGAUGAUGCAUGGGAUGAUAUUAGUGAUGAGGCUUUCAAAAAAAGAGAGGAUUGUGUGAAAGAGUUUUUAAAAAAAGCUGAAGGAAUUUCAACAAAUUCCUGUUCUGCAGAAGUGGCCUUGAGCCAUGUUUUGCUUGUUGAUGAUUUAAAGCAGUAUCUCAAAGGUGCACAAUUUAAAAGUUACCUGAUGCCUAUUAAUUAUGUAGAAGGUAUACACAAUAAUUGCAACUUAACGAUCUCUUAUAUGAAGUUCAACACAGAAGCAGAUUUUGAAAAAUAUAUCAGACGGCUAGAAAAGUUGCCUAACAGGAUAGAACAAGUAGUUACCAAUUUACAGAAAGGCAUAGAAGAAAAAAUAGUUCUACAUCUGAGCUCUGUGGCUAGAGUACCAAAGCAGAUAGAUGACAUAUUGAAUACCCCAGUAGAGGAACUUGAAAUCUUUAAGCCGUUUCAUGAAGAUCAUCUUGCUGUCUCUAAAGAAAAACUAGAAUCUUUUCAAGCUGAAGCCAAAAAUGUGAUCAUUUCUAAAGUUAAACCAGCAUUUAAAGCUUUAAAGGACUUCUUAGAAAAUGAAUAUAUGAAACACCUGCGCCAAAAAGAAGGAAUCAGCUCUUUAGCAAAUGGAGAAGAGUGGUACCAGCAGUGCCUUGACUAUCAUCUCAGCUACCCAAUGACACAACAGCAAGUUCAUGAUCUGGGUCUAAAAGAAGUUGGACGAAUAAAACAACUUAUACUGGAAGCUGCCAAGAAAGAAGGGCUGGGUCAAACUUUGCCUGCUAUUUUAGAAGCAAUUGUUGAGAGGCAGAAGAGUUUUUUUAAAACCAGAGAGGAAGUCCUUGCCUAUGUUGAAGAUUUGUGUUACAACAAAAUCAGGCCUAGACUCUCCCAACUUUUUAAAAACUUGCCAGAUUGUCAAUUGAUGAUAAAGCCUUCACCUGAUUUCAUGAAAAAUGCACCAAUUGGAAUGUACCUUAGUGGCACACCAGAUGGAUCCAGAAAAGGAGCUUAUUUAAUAAAUAAUCAUAAUUUAGAGGAAUGCUACCCAUAUAAGAUACCGGCUCUCAGCCUGCAUGAAGGGGAACCUGGACAUCAUUUACAGAUUGAUUCUGCCUUAGCAGCAACUCACUUGCCAAAUUUUCGCAGAUAUCUUGACGAUUUAAAAUUGUAUCUAACUCCUGUAGCAUUUGCCCAAAACACUGCAUAUAUGGAAGGCUGGGGAUUGUAUUCAGAAGCUUUAGGGGAGGAGAUGAAUAUUUAUGAGGACACAUUUGAAUUACUGGGUCGCUACAAUUUUGAGAUUUUCAGAGCAGCAAGAUUAGUAGUAGAUACUGGACUUCAUGCAUUUGGUUGGAGCAAGGAGCAGGCUGUACAGUACAUGACAGACAACACACUCUCUGUAAAGUCUGAAAUGAUUACUGAAGUGGACAGAUACAUUUCAUGGCCUGGCCAGGCAUGUGCAUACAAAGUUGGAGAAAUUAAAAUUUGGGAACUGAGACACAAGGCUGAAGCUAAAUUAGGCAGUAAAUUUGACAUCAAAGAAUUCCAUCAUUGUGUGCUUUCAUGUGGCAGUGUAACAUUAAGUGUGCUGGAACACAUUGUGGAUAAGUUCAUUGAGAAAUCUUGUUCUGAUGCUAGUGAGGGGAGAUAACUCUUAGCACAAUGUUCUUCUUGCUGUAGGCCCUUAUAAAAGUUAUUUUGUAACAAAUUAUUUUGGCACAUAGAUCUAUGUGUGCCUGGACAAUACUAGAUUAUUUUAACAUUUUAACCAGUGCAAUUAUAUUAGUUGUUG